CACCAGAACGUCCACAACACACUGCACUCGAGCCAUGAAGAAGAAGCGGGCGGCGAAAACCGCGAAGAGCAAAACCCCAAAGGCAAUAAAGCCUGAGGAGGAUUGGCUUGGAGAUGAGGCUGAAGGUGAAAAUGAGUUAGAUUUGGGGAGUGACGAUGGCGAGGGCAUCGACCAGGCACCGGAGGAGGAAGAGGAGGCACCUCCCGACGAUGAUGAGCCUCCUGCAGACGACGACAAUGAGGCGGGUGAUGCCCAGAUGGGAUCCCGGAUCCUGGCACGUGUUGCAGAGGGCAAGCAGAUGGAUCUCACAGCCCUCAAGCAAGAGAUCCAAGAUGAUGCAGGCCUGUUGAGCAACUGGAGGAAGGCGCAAGAACUGGGUGAGAAGAGACCUCGCGAGGAGGUCUUUAAGAACCUGGUGUCCAACUGCUCAACAUACUUCGGAUACUCCGAAGAACUGGCCGAGUACUUCCUGCAGAUGUUCAGCCCAGAGACUGCAGUAAAGUUCUUCGAGGCCAACGAGCAACAGCGACCUUUGACACUUCGAACCAACACCUUGAAGGCUCGGCGAAGCUCCUUGCUACAAGCGCUGACGCAGAGGAAGGUGCAGGUUGAUCCCAUUGGGAGCUGGACAAAAGUGGGCUUGAAGGUCUACCAAUCACAAGUGCCGGUGGGUGCUACUCCUGAGUACCUGGGAGGCCACUACAUGAUUCAGAGCGCCUCCUCGUUCAUUCCUGUGAUGGCUUUGGCUCCUCAACAGGAUGAGGUGGUUCUGGACAUGGCCGCAGCCCCUGGUGGCAAGACCACGUACAUUGGGCAGCUCAUGCGCAAUUCUGGCACUCUUUUUGCUAACGACCUACGGAAAGACAGGUGCAAGGCGCUGGUGGCCAAUGUGCAUCGCCUCGGCUUGACCAAUGUGGUAGUGACAAACUUGGAUGGCAAGAAGCUGUCGAAGAUGCUCCCACGACUUGACCGAGUGCUUCUAGAUGCUCCCUGUACAGGCAGUGGCAUCAUCGCUCGAGACCCUUCCGUCAAGGUAAAGCGCGGGCAGAAGGACUUUGAAAGUCACAGCCGUUUGCAGAAAGAGCUGCUCACGGCUGCUAUUGAUAUGGUCGAUGCAGGCUCUAAAACCGGGGGCUACAUCGUCUACUCCACCUGCUCAGUGGCCGUCGAAGAGAACGAGGCCGUGGUGGAUCAUGCCUUGAAGACCCGCAAUGUGGAACUUGUCUCCUUCACCAGUGCUGUGAACUUCGGCGUGGAAGGGCUUUGCAAGUACCGCGAGCGUCGCUUCCACCCAUCCCUGAACCUGGCGCGUCGAUACUACCCUCACGUGCACAACAUGGAUGGUUUCUUUGUUGCAAAGCUCAAGAAGACCUCCAAUAAGGUGCCUGAGAGGGCAAAGAAGGAUCGAUCCAAGAUGGAAGACAAGGUUUGGGGAGAGGAGCAUUGGACCUCCGACUUCAUGGAUUCGGUGGUGGACUUUGAGGAGAGCAAUGGCUCCGCCGUCACCAAAAAGAAAAAGAUGACGGCCCGUGACAGGAAGAAGCAAAGACGAGAAGAGCUCGUGAAAGCACGAGGCUACCAGCAGAAGUAUCCGCCCAAAGCUAAGGAGGAAUCUGCUCAGGACUCGACAGAGCCACUCAGGAAAGCCAAGGUGAAAAGCUUGAAGAAGAAGAAGGAGAAGCGAGCACUGGACCAGGAUGCUGCGGAGGCACCUGUGAAGAAGACUAGAAAGACAAACAAGGCGGAGUGGGCCACAGCGGCCGUAGCCUUUGAACUCAAGAUCAAGUGGUCUCUGGUUGUUCAAAACAUACUGGAGAGAUGAGGCGCUGAUAGCUGGUGGCGGUAAGGCGAAAAACAGGAAAGCUUGACGAUGAGACUGUCAAGUGACAAGAGGCUGGCGUUCUGGAGCUCGUGAACCACACUCAUUCACUCAAUCCUUCAUUCAAUUGCUCGUUCCCUUACGUACCACCUGUCCAAAAAUGUGUCUUCAAUCAACCAACAUUCCAAAAUCCUGAUUUUACAACAGUCUUCAGUGUGCCGC